AUGACGGCCACCGCAACCAUAGCCUCCACGGACAUGGGGCUUCUGCUGAGAGAUGAUGUUUUUGUCGACUUUUUCAACACGUUUCUGAAUCUUCCCAUUUUUGGCCAGACACCCAUUUACAUCAGCAGCACCGGCCGGUGGGACCUAUGGCCAGAGCUGCCAAGCCACCUGGUGAGAAAACACCCCUUUCACUUCUGCCAAUCCAGCCUGUGCUUCCACCUCAUCCUCUGCCAGAAGCUCCUGGGUUUCAUUCGGUCGGGGGAAGCAGGGGAAGAACUGACUGACUUCUGGCUCUCCACCGAAAGGCUUCUGGGGCUUGACGAGUUGGACACAAGGCAGAAGGACCUCUACCUGUCCUUGCUCUACAGGCUGAAAGCCACUCACCUGCGUGAAGGCUCCAGCAUCAUCACUCUCUGCAGAACCGUCAUUGGGUCGGUGCUGAAAACCAAGCACGAUCAGCUCAUCAGCACCAGGAGGGAGAUCCUAAGAGAGAUGCAGGAACGGGCCCUCUUUAUGAUUCAGAGUUACUGGCUCCCUAAAUUCUUCAUCCACUGCAAGAUGGGCAUGGAGGAAGAGGAAUCAUGCCAGUCUCUGCUGCAGGAAUAUCAGAGGCGUUUAUUACAGCCCAACUUGCAGGAGCCCUCAGGCUUUUCGGAGAAUCCCUUCACGAUGCAUAUUAAAAGGAGCCAGGGUUUGUCGGGGCUCUACUGCAGCAAGAAGGCCAAAGCAGAGAUCUGGAUGCUGGUCAAGGAAGGAAAAGACACCCAAGAGAUGAAGACACUCAGUUUUCAGGUGCAACCAAAAAGGCAGCCGGGGCCAGCCAGGAGCACAAAGGAAUCACAUCUGGAAGAGGCUGCUUUGGGACCGACUCCUCAGCAGCCAGAGCAUCCUGCAAACACUGCUUUUGGAGGCAAAGGAGAAGCAAUCUCUCCUAAAAGACCUAGACCCAAUGCAGAGCAGGUCCUUCAUCUGGAAGACCUCUGUGAAGAGAAGGUCCUCUCUAACCUGCGUUCCUCUACACCCCUUGCCCAGCUGCCAUCCCUGAAAAAGCCGGUCAAAACCUUGAAUUUCCUCCCCUGGGCCCUUAGUGCUGAGAGCUGCGCAGGACAGCCCUUCAGGGACUUCUUGAAGCGCCAGGACCGGUCCGUGGAGACUCAUCUCCUGGAUCUGUGGCAUGACCUGGAGGAAUUUCUGUCUGUGGUGCUGGACCCCAGCAGAGAAAACAGUUUCUUCCUGCGUCAUUUGAUUGCAGAGAAGAUAUGCAAGACCUACCUGGAGGAGGGCACCAUUAGGCAGCUUCCCCUGGAGACCAGGACUCUCAGGAGCUUGAGGGACCAGCUGAUGUCUGGAGAGUUCUCCCCCUGGAUAGUCAGAGCCCAGAAGGAGAUUUGCAAGGUGCUCUGCUGCUUCUACGAGGAAUUUCUAGCUGACGACGACAGGACAUUCCUCCAGUUUAUGUCUCCGCAGAGCGAUGUCCCGAAGCCGGAGAUGCAAGGCCAUGCUGCUGGGAAAGAUGAACGUUUCCUCCUGUCCCAGCGGAUAAAUGCGUCCUUGGAGCUGAGCCAGGCCUUGCAUGGCACGAGGGACUUGGAAGAUCUCUCCUCCGAGCACUGGCGAUUAAUCGCCACUCGGGACCUCCGGAAAGGGGGCUCCAUCCAGGCAGAGGUGGAACCUCUCCUGUGCAGGACUGACUCCCAGAAGAUGGUAUCGAAUGAGCUGGCUGUUCAGAAACCCUCACUGGCUGUGGAGAGAUCAAGCAAGGAAAAUGAGGUUCUGGAUCUCAAAAGUCCAUCACUUGUCACUGAAUCCAAGAACAGAAAGAAGAGGACUGUUCCCAUGAGAAAAAACAAAUUAAGGGUGACGAAGUCCACCACUGUUGCAGUAAAGAAGCCAUCUGAAAGACCCAGGCACUUUGUGAAAGUCCUGCACAACCCUGCCCACCUGCAGUUCUUCAAGCAGUUCCUCAAGGAGCGCAAUGCAGAUGAACCGCUGCGUUUCUGGAUGGCCGUGGAGACGCUAGUCUCAGAGACCAACCCCGAGACAAAGAAUUUCCUCAUUAACAGCAUCGUCAAACGUUAUUUCCAUGCUGAAAUCCCAGCUGAGGAGCAGCUGGACUGCGACAAUUCAAUCAUCGAAGACAUAGAUGAGGCCGAAGUAGUCAGCCCCUUCAUGUUGAUGACAGCACAGGUCUUUGUCCAGAAGGCGAUGGAAAAACGAUGGUUUAAACAGUACCAGGACCUGUUUCCCCCGAGCGAUAUGCAUAAGCCUGACCUUCGUUUGCAGCACAGGAUGGAGAACUUCAUGACAGACAAGCUGCGGAGGGCCUGGUAUGCCAUUCACGACAUCAUCAAGAGCAUCUGCAAGUUCCGGAGGGAGAUGAACAACAACGAACACCGCGCAGAGUUUGAGGACUUUCUCCGUCGGGAACUAGAAAACAAGGAGAAAAACUUGCCCAUCAGCCCGAUGCAGAGCAGCAGCACCGUCAACACUGUCCGCUCCCACACGGCCUCUGCCAGCACCCCACCGGACAUAGGGGUGGCACUAGUGAAACGCCAACUGUUUAACGGCCAGCUCAUCACCGUCAACUUCCUCGUCAACGACCUCCACUUUUAUCUGGAGAUUGACAAGUUUUCCAGGCUGGCUGAUUCAGUUGAAGCUCUGGCAGGCCGCAACAUGCGGUCAAAAAAGGAAGUUGCCUUUCUGAAAAAGAAAGUUGCCAUCAUCAGCAAACUCUUCCUGAACUCCGAUAUUCCCCCCAAAUUGCGGGUAAACAUCUCUAAAGAAGAGAGAUAUUUAAUCUGGAGUUUGUCUUCCAAUGGGCUACUGAACCGCAUCCUCUACCACAGGGCCAAGGUCAUCAUCUUCCCCAUCCUGAUGCACUUCUGGAGAAGGUUCUGCACCUGGAAGGUGAUGAGGAGCUUUCAGGUCUCCAUGAAGGAGAAGGUGCCAAUCUCUUCACCCAGUACAAAAACGUCCUCCAAAUCAUCUGACAUCUACAGUCCAAGCGACCACACUGUCAUUGUCUUCACACUCCUGAAAGGAGUCCAGAUCCUGCUGCCGCAGCCCCAGGAGAAAACGGAGCCAUUGAAGGAGCAAAAAGAUUCAGAUAAAGACCUUGAGAAAAGGCUCUCAUUCAGCGAGUCUGCAUCCUGUCCUGCAGAGGAGGCACCAAGGGAAGAACAGACCUUCGAACCUACCAUCCACACUGAGCAGGACAGGAGUGUGCUCCAAGAAACUUGA